AUGUCAGUUUCAAAUGCCAGUAGAUCCAGCAAGGCUGGUACUUCCAGUUCAAUUAGUAGUGCUAGGCUCAAGGCAGCUGCUACUUUAGCAGGUCUUCAGGCAGAAGCCGCAAGCAGGAUAGCGUUGAAAGCCAUUGAAGAGGAAGAGUUUAGACUUGUUCAGCGUAAGCGAGACUGCGAACUCCAGCUGGAAAUUGCCAAGGCAGAGGCAGAGCAAAGGGCUCUGGGAGACAUUGAACAAUCUUCACAUGAAGACGAGCCUAAGCCAAGCUUAGUUGGGUCGACGGCUGCAGAGAAGGUGGAUCAGUGGUUAACUGGUAACCCGCAGCCAUCUGCCCCAGUGCAGCCAUCAUCGCCCAUGGCAGCGAUUCCUUUGCAACGUGAGAUGAUUGACACGCUGCUCUUGCCGAAGUGUGAGCUGGUCAAGUUCAAUGGGGACCCUCUUGAAUACUGGAUCUUCAUCUCUAGCUUUGAUGCAGCUGUUGGCAACACCAGCGUUGGGGCCAGCGCCAAGCUAAAUCGCCUGUUCCAGUAUUGUUGCGGAGAGGCGCUGGCAGUUAUCAGAUGCUGUGCUGUCAUGCAGCCGGAUGAGGGCUACACAAGGGCACGGGCAUUGCUGCGUGAACGCUUUGGUAACGAUUACAGGAUUUCGGAAACUUGGGUCAGUAAACUUACAGAGGGCCCGCGCAUCCUGCCAGGGGAUUGCAGAGGUAUCCAGAAGUUAGCUGACGAUCUUCGGAGUUGCACACUCACUCUGACAGCGAUGAAAAAGCUUGGAGAAGUUGACACUAAAAGGAGCCUUAGCCUCAUCGUAAAGAGACUGCCACAAUUCGUGCAGGGUAAAUGGCGUUCGAAAGCUGUGGGCAUUCUGGACAAGACUGGCCACUACCCCGAUGUUGCAGAACUUGUCAAGUUUAUCAGCAAAGUAGCUCGAGAGGCAAAUGAUCCCGUUUACGGUUUGGAGAACCGGCACAGCGAUGAGAAAUCACCCAAGAAGAAGGGAUCCAACUACAAUAUCCAAGCCACCAGUGAGGUCGACCACAGGUCUCGGGUUGGGACUGACUCGCCCAAGCGUCAAUGUGGCAAGAACGAAUUGGUGAAAAGGACAGCUUGUCCAUUGUGCUCUGGGGAACAUGCACUCGCGGCAUGCGACAACUUUGGUAAGAUGUCUCCUACUGACCGAGUCAAAGUGGCGAGUGAAAACAAGCUGUGUUUCAACUGUCUCUCCAGUAGGCAUUUUUCAAGGCAGUGUAAAGCAGCUCCCUGCGGUUUCCAAGGAUGUAGAGGAAAACACUCGAGGCUGCUACAUGGUGUAUUCCAGAGGGCGAAUUCUGAAGAUGGAGGUGCUCCUAAAGAAUCGCCUGAUGAUCAGAAAGUCGGAGCAACAAGUCUCGCUUGUGGGUCCAGUCAAGAACACUCUAAGAUAGCCCUACCAGUUGUCGCCGUGAUGGUGAGAGGUGCGGGUAGUGGGGAGUGGCUCAAGACAAAUGCUCUUCUUGAUCCCGGGAGCAACAGGUCGUUCUGCACAAUGGAGUUAGUGAAAAUGCUGGGUGUAAAGGGCACCCCACAGUCUUUGUCUCUGGACACGUUGAACGAGAAUGCACAGGUUCAAACAGUCGUGCUUUCGUUGGACGUGUCUGGAACUGUCGGCAAGGCCCAUACCAGAAAGUCUUUCUGCAUACCAGAGAUUCACGCUCUGAAAGAGUUUCCCACUCUGCGAGAUUCCUGCGCUACCUUUGAAGAUGUGAAGAAGUUUGAACACUUGAGAGACAUUUCUGUUCCAUGCGUGGCUAAAGAUGGUGUAGCGAUUCUCAUUGGACAAGAUGUCCCACAGGCCCUGGUUCCGUUAGAGGUGAGGCGUGGUGCGGAAGGCGAACCCUACGCAGUCAGAACCUGCCUUGGAUGGACGGUGAAUGGACCGUUAGCCAGUGGGAGUCCAGCAGCAGCAGUGUCAAACUUUGUUCAAGGCGGCCUUGAAGCUCAGGUUGAGCGAUUUUGGAAGCUCGAUACUGCGGACCUAUCAGAUGACAGAACCAUGUCACUUGAUGACAAGAAGGCAGUCAAGACAUGGAAUGACUCAGUCUUGUCGAUGGCCACUACCAGUUAG